AUAGUAUAAGAAAGACCAAUGGCUUCCUACUUGGCUUAUCCUAGAAUCCUUUAAUGGACGUAUAUCAAAAGCAAAACAGGCAAAAAGCAAUGGCGGCCAUUGACUGAGAAAUUGAUAAUUACAAUUUGGAAAACUUUAAAAACAUGUAAUCUACGUGCUUCGAUAAAUAAAACGAUUAGAGGUUUUAAUAAGAAGUCUUAACACAUAAGCAUGUUAUUACAAAAAAUUUUGAAACAACGCGUUGACCUAUGCGUUGAUAACUGGUACACGGAUUUAACCAAUUAUAUCCAACUAUAUCCUAUAUCAAUCAUUAAAUUUUUGCAUCAAAUAAAUGCAAGCGUAUUGUAUAAAAUUUGAAAAAUAGUUCAUAAGGUGUGGCCUGAGGGUGGGGAACAGAUAUUGCCUGCAAGUAUAGAAAUGGCACGCAGUAUUUGCAGGCAAUGGCGGACAAACGAAUGGAUCAGCAUCUAAAUCGGUCAAACAUUGAGUGGUGGUUGUUGGCAGAUGAAGUAGAAAGGAAACACGGCAGGCAGGAAGGAGCAAACUAACGAGCGCGUCUAAGUAAUGAGCGAGACUCGGCAUCAUCUUCGCUCGGUUUCGGACUUAUACGCAGCCGACGAAAUAGAGGUGCUUCUUUUGGAAGAAAUUCGUGACUUGGAACCGCCACCCUCUGCAUAUUCUAAACCUGAGGAUAUUCAAGACUUCGAAAUCGCAGGUAGUAGAACAGGGGGGCGAGUUAGCUCCCAAUCAUCGGAACUGGAUUCACCAGGAAUCCAUUCCACAGUCCAUUCCUGGGACUCGCACGCAAACUAUCAUGAUCAUUAUGGCCAUAAUGACCAUCAUAGACAUGGCCCUUCCUCAAAUACACUGCCGUGGCCACGAACUAGUCAUUUGGUUUUUUACUGCGACAUACAGGGUCAUCUUAAAACAGCUACUGGUGCUGUUCGACUCCUACUACUUAUAUCAUCCGCAGCUUGUUUGGUUACUUUAUGCAGUUCUGGUACUGCCAAAGUCAGUCUUUUUAUGCUGCCUCUACCCGGACGUUUGAGAUUCAUGAUAUUUGUCGCUGUUCUCUGUUUCUUGAUAACUGCAUUACUUCUUUUUCUUGAUAUUUCGCACGUUAUUUAUGUAUUUCCUUUCAAUUGGUCCAGACUGAAUACGUGGGUAUUCACUGGUAUAGGCUUAUCUUACUCAUUAAGCAGUGCGCUAUUGGCAUACUCCAUAUGGGAAUACCACAGCGGAGGUUGGGUACCGCGACGCACACGUUCCCAAUUAUCUGCUGCUGCAGCACUUGGUCUCUCAUGUGCUGUUUUAGCAUUUGUACUUUCUCUAAUACAAAGUCGCAGUGGGUCAAAUUAUGAGACUCAGGAUAUUCACAAUCACACACCAACGCCACUUUACAAGCCCGUUGACAACUCCUCCUCUUCCGGGUACAAAAACAAUAACAAUUAUCAGACUGAAGUAGUGUUAUAAUGUACGAAGAUUAUAUUAAAGUCAAGAAUGAUUAUCCAUCUAGCUGAUGUAUCCAUUGUGCAGGGAUAAUUAAUAACAUGCUUUAAAUUUAAGUAGAAGGCAAGGACAUGGUAUUUUCUGAGCCCUGUUAUAUAAAGUUUUUCAAUUAUAGAAAUAUCAUGCGUUCAACGCGUUUACAUUUAACGCGGGGAAAAUUAAAUAAAUGUAAAUGAUGUCGUUAGACCUAUUUCUCAAACGCGACUCAAGGAACGAGAUCUGGGUUACCCUUUGACUGACUGACCAUAUGUUACUGCAUGAUUAACUUCACGAAAAGCACUGCUGCCACUGGUUGUUAUAAUAAAACCCUCGACAUAUUUAAUAUAACGGUCGUUCCUACGUUCGUUCUACGUGCUGUGAAUACUUCACUUUGAUUGCCUUCAAAAUAAAAUAUUAAUAUUUAUUGAUCUACUAAGUGCGUAUACAUCAAAUUAAAAUAUGUUAUUGUUUUUAAGUAUAUUUAAUUUACAAUGUCGAAUAAGUUAUACGUUAACACACACGUAAAUCGAACGUUAUGUAGUCUUCGAAUCCACCAAAGUAAACGCUGUCAUGUAACACGUACAGACACAUAUAUACAACAUACAUAAACACAUAAUAUAUCAAUUGUCGCAUAUUCAUUGCUCGAUUUACAUCACAAAAAGAGUGUUAGUUAUUAUAUUAAACUAAUUGUAUUAUUUUUCAACGAUGUAUCAGUGUAGAAUGAAUUUAAAUUCUGCAAAAAAAGACUUGCAGUAAUAUCAGAAAAAUACAGAUAGAAGUAAUAAAACAAUUAGAUGAUGGAAAAAAACUUAAAA